AGACUAUUCCACAACGUGCAUUACAUGUAUAUGUUUAAUAGCCUUCACAUUGUACAUAAAUGAACACCAGAGAGCGCGCACAGGGUCACGUGAGAACCUCAGUGGUUACCAGGCAACUCAGUGUUGUCGCUUUAGGUGUGCGGUGCUGGAGAAGCAUCUCUGAGAUCUCUCUUCUCUCUGUAUGAACUCUGUGAGUUUACCAGAACAUGGCAGCAGUGACUUCCAGAAACGGCACUCUUAUCACGCACAACAAUGCGACCUACAUCCCAUCGCCUCUGAUACCGGGAAUUCCUGGAUCAAUUAGUUUCACAGGGCAUGUGCCUACCACCAAGUUCAUGUCUGGGGACACAUUUGGGAAGGCAAGCGUCAAAUAUUUACAGGACGUCCGACGUGCAUCCACGGCCUGCCGUGCAAGUGAAUACGGUAAAGGUGGCCUGCUCCCUUGCAUCUACUCAAAUGACGGGCCUCUGAUCAAUAUGCAUCGCUCACAGAACAGAUACCCAGCCGUCCAGCCGACCUACUGGGCACGUUACAAUGUAGAUUUCAAACGGCAAGGAGAGAUCAAGCUUUUUAAUGAGCUGGCACAGAAACACAGGGAGAAAUACAAAGAUAAGACCGGGACAUGGCAGCCUGUGAGUUUCUUCACGAUGCCAGUGACGGACAAUGAGAAGUAUUUGUGUAAGACGCACUACAUUGAAUAUUAAUUAAUAACUUUGGAUUUGUUGGUACAGGUGUGUGUUACUGUGUAUUCGGUGACAUAAUGCAACAACAACCAAAGAAAGUGAUGGAUGGGGCCCUAUGGGAUGGGACAGGGGGUUCAAUGGAGUAAAACUACAUUGUAUGGCCAAAAGUAUGUGGACACCUGACCAUCACACCUAUAUUAGCUUGUUGAACAUCCCAUUCCAAAACCUCGUUAUGGCUUUAACAGCCUCCACUCUUUUGGAAAGGCUUUCUAUAAGAUUUCGGAGUGUGUCUGUGGGAAAUUGUGCCUGAAAAACAGCAACAGAGAAUUAUCCCUCCUGCACCAAAACAUUACAGUAGACACUAUGAAUUCUGGUAGGUAGCGGUCUCCUGGUAUCUCAUCUAUCAGACUGCCAGAUAAUGAAGCAUGAUUCCUCACUCUGGAGAACACGUUUCACCUGCUCCAGAGUUCAGUGGCAGCAUGCUUUACACCACUCCAGCCGAUGCUUGACAUUGCACAUUGUGAUCUUAGGCUUGUGUGCCAUGGAAACCCAAUUUCAUGACACUCCCAACACACAGUCCUUGUCCUGAUGUUAUUUCCAGAGGCAACUGAGAAUAGGUUCAUUUUUUACAUACUACAUGCUAUAUAGCACUUGGCGGUCCCUGCUCUGUUAGUUUGCGUGGUCUACUGCUUCAUGGCUGAGUUGUUGUUGUUCCUAGAUGCUUCCAUUUCACAAAAAAGGCACUUAAGGUUGACCGGGUGCUUGAUUUUUAUGUGAUGGAUUUUUAUGUGCUUGAUUUUAUGCACUAGUUAGCAAUGGGUGUGGUGGAAACACCUGCACUCAGUCAUUAGGAGGGGUGUACACAUACCUUUGGCCAUAUAGUUCAGCCUAUAUCACCCACAAAUGUCAGUGACGUGCAUGUUCUCUGUGUGUUGUUUUUUUUUGUACAUUUAUACAUGUUCACUAAUGUGUGCCGUCCAGCUGCAUGAUAAUUAAAUGACCUUUUUAGUCUGUGUUGAAUGUUUCACAGAUUUUCUGUAUUAGGAUAUGCGAUGUCUGAUAUCAAAUGCAGUGAACCUUAACCUUGCAAAUCAAUAAAAAGAAAUUUCACAUAUUUAUUAAAAACUGCGCUAUACUGCAUUGACUGUCAUCGCAUGAAUUCUUCUCUUCGUAACAGCAGUCUGUUACAGCCUACAUGGGAAAUACUGGGUCCAUGGCCGGUGGA